AUGCUCUCGGCGCGCUCUGGGUCAGCUGCGCAGACAAACUCAGAGGCGCCUUUUCUAUCCAACCAAACCGCAGUCAACACACGCGCUUGCUUAGAACAAUCGCCUGCUGAAAGCACUGCUGAAAAUACUGACCCGAACUGUGAUUACGUUCUCAAUCCGCCCUCUGCCGGUACGCACAGACCAUCGCCAACCAAGGCAUCUCGUAGAUCGAGCGCUUCGGUCUCUGGACGAGGGAAAUUGGAAUUCGUCUCCAUUUCUGCGCCUGCUCCCCCCUCAUUCCCCACGGAUUCCCCGGCCAAAAAGCCGCCCUUGCAUCCGUACGCACAAUCUACCGCCACUGCCCCGAUGCCACACUCCGCCUUGUUCACGACAUUUUCCAGCGUUAAUCCUGACAAGGAGUCCCUGCAAGGACAUCAACUGGCCGAUGAACCAACCAGUGAUAACUUUGCGGACUUCCCUGAGCCAACCUUGACUACCAAACCACCUCUGAAAAGGGCGCUCCUAGAGGCGGCACCAUUGAAAGAGCGAUCGAUCAAGAAGCACAAGCGCGAAGAUAUUGUCUCCAUACGCCUGCCUGAACCUCAUGAAAUGCCGCCAAUCGAAGAUGAUGGCACAAAGCCUCCGUACAGCUAUGCAACAUUGAUUGGAAUGUCAAUCCUGCGUGCACAAAACCGACGCUUGACUUUGGCGCAGAUAUACAAGUGGAUCUCUGAUACAUUCUCGUACUAUAAGAAUAGCGACCCUGGCUGGCAAAAUAGCAUUCGGCAUAAUCUCAGUCUGAACAAGGCGUUCAUCAAGCAAGAGAGGCCUAAAGACGACCCGGGAAAAGGAAAUUAUUGGGCAAUUGAGCCUGGAAUGGAGGCACAGUUCCUCAAGGACAAGCCCCUGCGUCGUGCGACUAUGUCAAGUCUUCCCCUACCGGCGGCUCUCCCGACGCAAAAUGCUUCCUCCACCGCUUGGGCUAUUCCAACGCCGUCCAACGCGUCUUUUCCUCCGACUGGGCCCAAGCCCUCGAAGAAUGUUGAUUUGUCCUCUGACGCGACACUACCUGCCUCGGAUCCCGCGCUUCAGGAAGACACUGUCGAUGAAUGUGUCUCGGCUCCCGCACCUCACGCUCUUCCACCCCGCUCCUCUCCACCUCAGCCUAUGCACUCUUCUCCUCCCAUUGUACCACCUCGAUUCACCCGUCAAGGAACCCCCCCUACGCCGUCGCAAGUAGCCGCUUCCGGGGUCAUCUCUCGCACUAGAAAACGCAAAUCGAUCGCCAUGAAUGAUAGCGGGUAUUUCUCAUCUCUAGAAUCAUCAGCCAUGCGCCCAAACAAGGCAGGCCAUAUCCUGACUUCGGACCUGGAUAUCGAGCCACCUCGCAUCAAGCGCGGUCGAGCCGAGGAAGAGAUUGCGCGAAUCCGAAGCUCUUCCCAUGAUGCUAGCCCAAGCCGGUCCAAUGCCUUGAAGGAUGCGGGGUUGAUAGUUGGUUCUUCACCCCUCCGUGGGGAAUAUGUCAGCAUGCUUCCACCUCCUAUCACUCCUGUUAUUAAAUUCAAAAAACCCGCAAAACCCCCACCGUCCGUGUCACCCAACACAAAUCUUCGAAACCACCGCAAAAAGAUUCAACAGAUGGUCAAUUCUCCCAUCAAGCAUCUCGGUCUAACCGACGAAGAUCUUCCGUGGAGCCCGGCUUUUAACAUCCAGGACGAAACAUUUACGCCGAAUGAUAACCUGCACGCCUCCUUUGAUGUGUUUGCAGACCACACCGCGGACAAUUUGUCGGCCUCGGCGUAUGGAUCGCCUGAAAAGCGCUCUAUCAAGAGGGUUCGAAAUGAUGCCAGCGGGUCUGGCAACAAUGUGCUCACAGACAUCACUGCGGUGAAUGUAAAUAGCCGGACCGGCGCGCCGUCUGUGCCAGCAAGCAAGUCGAAAGGCCUGCUUUUCCCUGAUUCUCCGUCCAAAAUGCCAGACUCUGGCCGCUUUGUCGACACAGCCAACGACGACUUUUUUUCAUUCCAUCUCUUUGACGAAAGCCCUGGAGACGUGGAUGGGGUUGACCUCCUGCAAGGGUUCCAAAAGAUCGGCGGUGCAAGCAGGGAUGAAUUGUCCAGAUCCAAGCCGAGGCCUCAUCUGAAUCAUCGCAGCAACACUUCUUUGUUCUAA